AUGCCCACGAUCUCGGUCGAUAAGGCCGCGCUCUUUAAAGAGCUUGGUCGGGAAUAUACGACGGAGGAAUUUGAUGAGCUGUGCUUCGAAUUCGGCAUUGAGCUCGAUGAAGAUACCACAAAUUCGGACAGACCCAUCGUCGAUGGCAAGCAGGAGCCGCCCCAGCUGAAGAUCGAAAUCCCCGCCAACCGUUACGAUCUGCUAUGUUUCGAGGGUAUCCAGCUCAUGCUCAACAUCUUCCUGGGCCGGAAGCCUCUCCCCAAUUACCGAUUGGUUGAGCCCGACAAUGGACAGCUGGAGAAAAUCAUUGUCAAGGAAGACACCAUGAAAGUAAGGCCGUUGGUUUCCGGAGCUAUUCUUCGCAACAUCAAAUUCGACAAAGCCCGCUAUGAGUCCUUCAUUGCUUUGCAAGACAAACUCCACCAGAACCUUGCCAGACAGAGAACUCUUGUGUCGAUCGGUACCCAUGACCUGGACACUAUCCAGGGCCCCUUCACCUACGAGGCACUGCCACCAAAGGACAUCAAAUUUGUGCCUUUGAACCAGACGAAAGAACUGAACGGCGAGGAAUUAAUGUCCUUUUACGAGAAAGACAAGCAUCUGGGCAAAUAUCUCCACAUCAUCCGCGACUCCCCCGUUUACCCCGUCAUCUACGACUCCAAGAGGACUGUCUGUUCCCUGCCGCCAAUCAUCAACGGUGACCAUUCAAAGAUUACUUUAGAUACCAAGAAUGUCUUGAUCGAGGUUACGGCUCUUGACAAGACGAAGCUCGACAUCGUCACCAAGAUCAUGGUCACGAUGUUCUCCCAAUAUACUUCCGAGCCCUUCACUGUUGAGCCUGUUCAGAUUGUCUCUGAACACAAUAACGAGACCAGGGUCGAGCCUGACAUUGCACCUCGUACCACUCAGGCCGAGGUGUCUUACAUCAACCAGUGCUGCGGACUGGAGCUUUCUCCCGAGGAAAUUUGCAAGCUCUUGACCAAGAUGUCCUACCAAGCAAGGCCGUCUGCAUCUUCGCCCGAUCUCAUUGACGUGGAUGUUCCCCCCACCCGCGCGGACGUGCUUCACCAGGCAGAUAUCAUGGAGGAUGUUGCCAUUGCGUACGGUUUCAACUCGCUCCCGCGGUCCUUCCCCAGCAAGUCGGGUACGAUUGCUCAGCCACUACCCAUCAAUAAGCUCACCGAUAUUGUCAGAAUGGAAGCUGCAAUGGCCGGGUGGACAGAAGUCUUGCCCCUCAUCUUAUGUUCUCACGACGAGAACUUCGCCUGGCUCAACCGCAAAGAUGACGGCAACACCGCCGUCAAACUGGCAAAUCCUAAGACCGUAGAGUUCCAAGUUGUCCGCACAAGCCUGCUUCCUGGCCUCCUCAAGACCAUUCGUGAGAACAAGCAUCACGCAGUACCCAUCAAGAUCUUCGAGUGCAGCGAUGUCGCCUUCAAAGAUCUGGCUCUGGAACGUAAAAGCCGUAACGAGAGACACUUCGCUGCAGCUUGGUACGGCAAGACGAGCGGUUUUGAAGUUGUGCACGGCUUGCUGGACCGCAUCAUGGCCAUGCUCAAGAGCGCCUUCAUCACAGGUGAGGAGGGUCUCGAGAACCCAGCCGUCGGUGACUCGCAUUACUGGAUUGAAGAGCUCGACGAACCCACUUACUUCCCGGGCCAUGCGGCAUCGGUCAACCUUCGUAUUGCUGGCAAGGACCACAUCAUCGGUGCCUUCGGUAUCUUGCACCCGACAGUAUUGGAGAAGUACGAGCUGAAAUACCCCGUGAGCACGCUGGAGAUCAACAUCGAGGCUUUCCUGUAA